AAGUUGGUGAUGUUUAGGUUGAUCUGUUAACUGCGCGUGGUAUUAGAGGGCUGUAGCAGUGAAUCAUGUGGCUCGCGCUGUGCCGGACCUCCGUGAGGCGCUGAUCACGAAGAGGUAUGGGCAUACAGGACGCGUCGCUGGAUACGCACAAAUCUCUUCAAAAUGCCAACAUUCUCAGUCAUGUACAAGGGAGCUGUCAUGAUUAGCAGGACACUGAUGGGUCCACAUGGAGUAGAUCGAGCAGUGCAUUCUAUGGAAUUUACAGAUUGUGAAAAUGGAUUAGGAAUCAAAGUGAUUGGUGGUGUGAAAGAACUAACUGGAGAGGAAUAUGGAGUUUAUGUGAAGAGGAUCUUACCUGGUGGCCUUGCUUCCAGUGAUGGAAACCUGCAGCCUGGAGACCAAAUCCUUGAAGUGAACGGUGAAAGCUUGAUUGGUGUGACAAGUGAAAGAGCGGUGGACAUUCUUAGAGCCGCAUCCUCAACCAAUCAUAUGCACCUUCUGAUAGCCAGGGAUGAGGAAGCCAGGCAUGAAUUUGCAGAGCUUCUUGAAAAAUAUGGCACAAACAGCAGUACAGGAUCUACCAGGAAUUCUCCCAUUCAGCAUACAGGCAGGUACUUGGAAAGCACAUCAUCAGGGUCUUCAUCCAGAUCUCAGAGUCCACUUUUGCUUAGUCCUGCAGGCUCUCAGAAUAAUUACAACAGUACAGGACCCUUGCUACGCUCUCUAAGUCACCCAGGUGAAGGGGUUAUUCAGCUCAUAUCAAUUGCUCGCUCCUGCAGUCUGGGCAUUACCAUCGGAGGAGGCUCCAACAGAUCUGAUGGCCCUGCAGUUUUUAUCCAGGAAGUCCUGUCUGGAGGAGAUUGCCAUCGGGAUGGACGGCUCAGACCUGGUGAUCAGCUUAUUGCCAUUAACAAGGAGUCAUUAAUUGGAAUCGCAUUUGAGGAGGCCAAAAGUGUGCUCAACAAAGUGAAAUUCAGUCAGGAGCCAGUGGUGGAUAUUGCAUUCAUCCCAGGAAAAGGACCUUUCUCCAACAGCAUGUCAUUACAUAAUGGGGUUCAGAGGGGAAUUGGGAACGGAUACAACUCCAGCCGUUUAAAAGUUCAUGUCCGAUCUCCUGAGAUGCGACAAGAGGAAAUAUCUCCAGUACUUUCAUCUUCUCCUGAUAUCUGCCCUCCAGAUAUACAGGUUUCAGCUUCCAACACACAGAGACCGAUCGCUGUUUCCAAACCCAAGAUCUCUCUGGACCCCCAUAUAAGGCUCAAAUCAGAGAAGCUCGAACUGGCUCUGUCUUAUCUGGGUCUGGAUGUUACUGAAGAGAAGAGACAGCAGCUCAGAGAGAGUCUCACUGCAGACCCUCAGGGGACAGUGUCAUAUGGAGACUUUGUGGAAGCCACACGCAGUGUUUAUCAAGAGAAUCUGGAGGAGGCGGGACUAGGACAAGGGCCCUUUAUGUUCUCCUAUCAGGAAGCAGCUAGCUUGAUGGACACUUCUGCCUUUCACUCCCCAAUGUAUGAGUCAGAGUGCAGCUACAGCAGUGAGGAGCUGGAGGAGUUUCAAUCGGAAGUCAAACAACUUCAGGUGCAAAUGAAACAACUCAAGGUGUUACUGAAAGACACAGAAGACAGUAAGAAGUCUCUGGAGGAGGAACUGCAGAAGACAGCUGAGAAGGCCACAGCCACAGUGGAGGAGAAUAAGUCUCUGAAGACUAAGCUGCAGGUAGCAGAGGCGGUUCAGAGACAGACUAACAGUGCAGAGCAGGACUAUGAAGAGGUCAUUCAGCUCCUGGAGGCCGAAAUCAAAGAUCUGAAGAACCAGCUAGCUGGAAAAAAACAAAGAGGCCUGGAGGCUACCAAAGAAGAUGUGAUGGACCUGAACAGGAGACUCACCAUCAUUGACAGCCAGUUGAGAAAGUCUGAACUGACAAGGAAACAUCUGGAAAUAUCCAAUAAGAAGCUCCUUGGCUUUGCUCAGUUUCAACAGAAUGUCCACAAAGUUCUCACCAACACCGGAUUAUUUGGAACAGAAAGUGGGAAUAUGCAAGCAUCUCCAUUGACCGACAACCCUGACACCCCCUCUCCUAUUCCUGACCCUGCCUGCCAGCUCGCAGUUAAGGCCAAAGAGCUUGUGGAUGGUGUCAGUUCACUUUGCACGAAGGAUCACACAUUACCGCAGUAUGUAGAGGGAUGCAUUGUGGGGGCCGGAGAGGACUCUGAUUCAGACCUCAUUCACUGGCCACAGCCUCCCCUCAUCUGAGAUCCUGCUGUAGAGAGGAGAUAUCAGUAGAGGAUCUGGGAUGGACAGAAACUGGGCUAAUUCUCAGAAGAUCAAGUUUGUUGGACUGAAACAAUACUGUGGAAAUAAGAGACUACGUUUUCCGUGUGGGUUUUAUGUCUUUCAGAUCAUUGUUUAUCAACCCAAGUGAUAUCAGAGGACUGAGAAGACAGCUCUACAGAUUAAAAAAAAAGGUGUUUUUAUUUAAAAAGAAGAAAAAAGCAGUCCAAUACAUAUUUAACUUGUAGCAUUACUGUUUGAAAAUGUAGAUGCCAAGAGGGGAUUAAAAAGUGAAACAAGAAAACACCACCAUACGCAGUAAAGGUGACUAAUAUUCAAUGGUAAUUUUAAUCUAAAUGCGUCAUCAGUUCAUCAACGAUGUCAGCAUGUGCCAUGUGCAACAUUUAACUCAGUAGAUUAAGUGGUUACCAUGCACAAUUUUAGAGAAGUUUCAAUAUUGAAAAGAGAAAGAGAGCUUUCUAUACGAUGACGUUACAUCAUAUAUCUCACCAUUAAACAAAUGUAAUGUAAACACAUGUGACUGACCUCUCUAUUAGAGUUAGGUAAUAAUAUGCAGUAAAUGUAUUACAUUUUACUUAGGGAAUUUGGGGCACAGUCCCCACUUUUCAUCAUUUGAUAUGAUACUAAUUUGUAUUUGUUCUGAGGAGUGCUAUGAUGUUUUGAAGAUUUUAUAUUUUGAGUCCAAAUCUUUUAUUAUUGAGAGACAAGUGGACAUGCUUGCUUCUAAGUAUGUGCGCAGUUACUGUUAUAAACCUUGUAAAUCUUGCAGACAAACCUUUUGAUUUCCUCUUCAUGUCCUUGCUGAUUAUGUCAUUCUGUACUCCGACCCAUUUGCAGAACAGGUUAGUCCAAUGUCAGCCAGCAUCAUUUCCAUUACUAUUAGGUAUACUCUGUUAAGUGCUUAGGGAAAAAAUCCUUCGUAGCUUGUUACUUUGAUGGAGGGCAUCAGAAGUGUAUCUUAGUUAUGGCGUUCUUGUAACUAUACUAAUUGUACUGGAAGGAUUUUGGUUGUCAUGGCACCAUUGUGUAAUGUAGGUCAUAUUGCAGCAUUCCACCCCAAAUGCUUUCAUUCAGCUAAACAAUACUCAGAUAACUGUUCUCAUAACCACACUGUAGUUGACUUGUUUUGUCUUGGAAUAUAUUGUAGCACCAUUUCUAUCGGUGUGUAAUACUGUGGUGAAUUUUUUUUUCCUGAGGAUAAAGGUGGAACUGUAUUAAUUGUAAGGUUAUGCAGGUUUGUUUAUAUAAAUAACAGCACAUGCUUUAAAAAUGCUGCCAAUGUAGUCCUGUGAUUUAACUAGAUUGCAUCAUAUGUGUGGCCUAAAUAUCUUUUAAUGUUUUUAUUAAAGCCAGAACAGCUGUGUGUUUUUAGUAUGGGGUUUAUUUCCUGUUGAUGUCAUCUAAUGCUCUUUUUGGUCAAAGAAUAUACACCAGUGGCUAAAGUUUGGAAUAAUUUACAGAUUUUGCUCUUAUGGAAAGUAAUUGGUACUUUAACCAAAGUGGCAUUCAACUGAUCACAAUGUAUAGUCAGGACAUUAAUAAUGUCAAAAAAUGUGCAGAACUACUUAAAGAACUUCAUUAAACUACUUCAGAUUUCUCAUCAAAACAUCCUCCAUGUGCAGCAAUGACAGCUUUACAGAUUCUUGGCAUUCAAGCUGUCAGUUUGUCCAGAUAAUCAGGUGACAUUUCACCCCACACUUCCUGUAGCACUUGCCAUAGAUGUGGCUGUCUUGUCAGGCACUUCUCACACACCUUACAGUCUAGCUGAUCCCACAAAUGCUCAAUGGGGUUAAGAUCCAUAACACUGUUUUCCAAUUAUCUGUUGUCCAAUGUCCAUGUUUCUUUGCCCAAUCUAACCUUUUCUUUUGGUUUUCUGUUUCAAAAGUGGCUUUUUCUUUGCAAUUCUUCCCAAAAGGCCUGCACCCCCGACUCUUUACUAUUGUACAUGAAACUGGUGUUGAGCGGGUAGAAUUCAAUGAAGCUGUCAGGAGAGGACAUGUGAAGCAUCUAUUUCUCAAACUAGAGAUUCUGAUGUACUUAUCCUCUUGUUUAGUUGUACAUCUGGCCUUCCACAUCUCUUUCUGUUCUUGUUAGAGCCAGUUCUCCUUUGUCUUUGAAGACUGUAGUGUACACCUUUGUAUGAAAUAUUCAGUUAUUUUGGCAUUUUCAUGCAUUGUAUAGCCA